AUGGAAUUAUGUUUAUAUAACUCCAAAAAUGGCUAUUUGGAAGCUUUGCUGAGAGGAUUUCGUAGUAGUUUUUUAACUCCAGAAGAAUAUAGGAAAUUAAGGGAAGUUGAUACACUUGAAGAUUUAAAAUCUGUUUUAGAGGAUACAGAUUAUGGUUCUUUUAUGAUGGAUGAACCAUCUCCAGUAGCAGUCACAACUAUUGCACAAAAAUGUAAAGAAAAAAUGGCGCAUGAAUUCAAUUAUAUAAGAGCUCAAGCAGAAGAACCAUUAAGAACCUUCUUGGAUUAUAUUGCAAAAGAAAAAAUGAUUGAUAAUGUCAUAAGUUUAAUACAAGGAACGUUAAAUAAGAAGUCAGCGGACGAAUUGUUAUCUCGAGUUGAUCCUUUAGGAUAUUUUCCGCAAAUGAAAGCUAUAACUGCUAUGGAUGUACAAAAUUCUCAUGAUGAUGUUUUAAAAGUUUUAUUAAUUGAAACACCAAUAGGUACGUAUUUUGAUAAAUAUAUAUCAUCUCAUUCAUCAAAUGAAAAAAAUAAUGUAACAACUAUACUCAAUGAUAUGGAUAUUGAAAUUUUAAGAAAUACAUUAAAAAAAGCAUGGUUAGAGGAUUUUUACGAUUUUAUAAGAAAAUUAGGAGGAAAAACAGAAGAAGUUAUGGGACACAUAUUAAAAAGUGUUGCAGAUUUUCGUGUUUUAACCGUUACUUUGAAUACCAUUAAUUCUAGUUUAAGUCUUGAAUUACAAAAAGAUAGAAAUGAUAUGUUUCCAUGUUUUGGUUAUUUAUAUCCAGAAGGUACAGACAGAAUUAGGAAAUGUUGGAACAAUGAAACGGUUCAGGCAGCUUUAGAAAACUACCCCGCGUAUUAUAAUUUAUAUGAAGAAUGUAAGCAGUUCUAUAUCAAAAAUGAAAAUAUAAAUGAAAGUAAAAUGUUUGAUCAUAAGAUAAAAUCAUUAGAAGACUUGUUGUAUGUAAAACUCGUGAAAUUAUGUGAAACUGCUUUUGAGCAACAUUGUCAUUUUGGUAUUUUUUAUGCUUGGGUAAAAUUAAAAGAACAAGAAAUUAGAAAUAUUGUUUGGAUUUCUGAUAUGAUUUUAAUGAAUAGGAAAGACUGUAUUGAUAGCAUUAUUCCAAUAUUCGAACCACAAAUAUAG